UAGAAAAGAAUGCAGUAUUCUUUAGGUUUAUUUUUACUAUGAUAGUGUUGAGAAAUGAGUACGGAAAUAUUUUCUGUUAUACUCAAAAGGCAGAGCUCUUCCUCUUAUUAACACCCACAGAAGCAAGGAACCAGUUUCUUAACUUAUCACUUCCCCAGUUAAGAUCAUGUGUAUCGCUACAGCCUUGUAGCAACACACGCCAUCCACCAAGACUGAGAAAUAAUGAAAUUGCUCUUUUCCGUGUGACAGCUGAAAAUAAACAAGUACUGAAAAUGUGUAUUGUUCAGAAAACUGGAUAUUCUGUGACUGUAGUGGGGCUAUAGUGUUGGGAAAGAGGAUAAACUACUGCAACUGCUUUUAGUUAUUUCAAACAAGGGACUACAGAGUGUGAUACAAAGGAGACAACUGUGAAGUUCUGGAGUAACACGUUACAAGAAUAGUCGCUUAUAUAGACCACGUCUGUACCACAUGUGGGAACUGGAUAUCUCCUGGUACUGUAUCUGAAUGAUCAAAAGAUAAAGAUAUGCAGAAUCAGUAAAAGUAUUAUAAGAUUGUUGAUCCAUUUUUUUUCAGAGGAUGCUGUUGUUUUUUAUACCCGUUUUACUUAUUGUGUAUCUCUACUGGUGGAGAAGAGAUAAGCAGAAAAUUGAAAAUGUAAUAGGAAACUAUAUCUUCAUUACUGGAUGUGACACUGGUUUUGGCAAUGCUGCUGCAAAAAGAUUUGAUAAACUGGGAUUUCAUGUACUAGCUGGAUGCUUUACAGAGAAAGGGGCUCUGCAACUUCAAGCAGUGACAUCAGAAAGGCUGAAAACAGUACAGAUGGACAUCUCUAAACCAGACAGUGUUAAAAAGGCAGCCGAAUGGGUCAAAUCACAAGUUGGAGAGCAAGGUCUUUGGGGCCUGAUUAAUAAUGCUGGCAUAAGUGGAAUAAUUGCACCAACAGACUGGCUGAAAAUCGAUCAUUUUAGGAAGCCCAUCGAAGUUAAUUUGCUUGGCACCAUUGAUGUGACGUUAAACGUAUUGCCCCUUUUAAAGAAAAGAAAAGGAAGAAUAGUGAUUGUGGCUAGCGUUUUGGGACGUGUUGCACCACAUGGAGGUGGAUAUAGCCCUUCCAAGUUUGGAUUAGAAGGAUUUAAUGACAGUUUAAGACGAGACAUGCAGCCAUUUGAAAUAAAAGUGUCCUGCAUUGAACCUGGGCUCUUUAAAACUGGUAUGAACAAUGACAACAAGCAAUACGAAGCAAAGUUGGCAUUAUGGAAUGAGGUGCCCACGGUAGUCAGAAAACAAUACGGAGAUAAUUAUUUCCACAAAUCUGAAGAACAAAUGCUCAAACAUAGAGAGUCACUCUUCAAAGAUGACCUUUCCCCAGUUGUGAAGUGUAUGGAGCAUGCCAUGAUUGCUAAGUACCCUCGGACUCGAUAUUCUGUAGGCAGUGAUGCAGCUUUUCUAUGGCUUCCCCUUUCAUACAUGCCAUCAGUACUUCAGGACAUUGCAGUUUGUAGGACGAAAAUAAAACUGGCAAAUCCAAAUUUUGUUUGACAUAAUUGUAUAAGUUGUUACAAAAUGUUUUGAGUUUCUUGAAGUUUAUUUUAAAAUUCCCUGCUACUUGAAUUGCGUGUGACUUGAAGUGCUUUCUAUAGCUAUGUUACUUCGAAGUACAACAGAUCAGAGCAUAAGUGGAAUUUAAGUCCACAAGUCACUGAUACUAAGUGGUAAAUAAUGUAAAAUUAGCUAAGGUGUGAAUAUUGUAAAGACAGACAUGACAGACAUAGAACUUUGUGAGUACAGUAUAUUAAUAAAAACAAAUUAGAAUGCAAGUAGAAACUGUGAAGUAGUAUUCAUUGCAAGAACAUGGUGAAGUUCAAGCUUGAGUGUCUAAUGCUCAGAACUGUACAAAUAAAUAAACUUAAGAAUAAUAAACUAUAAUAAGAAAACUAAUGUCAGACUUUAGAAAAUAUAAGAAAAUAUAAGAAAAUAUAAGUCAGGGUUCAUGAAACAAUGCAAUGGACCCUGAAGAACUCUGAUACGAAACAUGUAUGCAUUCAUUCUGUUAUGUUUUUGUGGUGUGUACAUUAAUGUUUCAUUCAUACCAGCAGUUUCUGAGGAGUUAAUUGUUGGUGCCAUGUUACCAGUUGAUUUAAUGUUAGGGAAGCAAGCCUUGAUAAAUAAUCAUAUAUUUGUAUUCUGCUUGACACAUUUACACAUCUUUUAGUUUUGGACCUUGAUUAUUCCAUGCUGUCAAAAGAAUAUGCAUUUAAGCUGUUAAUAUUGGAAUUUGAAUUGGGUGUGCGCCACAGCUAUAGAGAAACAAUUAUGAUACCACACUGUGUGAAAAGAAUACUGAAGCAAAGCCGGUUUUAAUUAGUGUGCAGAUAUAUUACAUUAGGAUGAAAAAAAGCUAAUAAAUUGAUUAGUGGUUUGGAUAUUUGAAUUAAAUGAGCAGGUGCAUUAGAACUCAAAGCAAAUAUCAAAAGCUUGUCCUGAGAAACUUUGAGCAUGUUUAUAUGUUGCAUGAAUUAACUAAGAUACAAAUGAAAAAUAGGAGAGUGAAAUAUAAAAUCCAUUGCAUUCAUAUAUGCAACAUGAUCUGAAUACUGUAGACACAUACAUUUUCAGUGUAAGGAAAUGCAAUCACUCAGAUUCAGUUCAGUGAACAUAAAACUGAAGCUUACUACAGGGAAGAGGUUCAACUUCUUUCAUUAUUAUUGGCUGCAAGAGUAAAACUGUAUUAGUGCUUGUAAGAGCUCAUUUCACUUUUGUUUGAAGACAAGGAUCAACAAAAUAAAUCUAGGACCAUGUGGCACAUGAAGGAAAUAUUUCUGAAGUUGUAUGGCUGUCUGGUCUAUGUACAUAGUAAGACUAAAUUGUAAAAUACCUUUAAAAAGCUUCACUUGAGAACAUCUUAAAAAUAUUCAGAAGUAAGAAGAAUUAAGUGCUUCAGCUUCUAAGAAGUAAUCAAACAACAAAUUCUUGUUCAAAAUAAAGUUUGUGAUCCAGAUGGUUAUAUUUUACUUUUUCGUAAGUCGUAUUAGAUAAAUUACUGGUUAUAAUACAUAACUACCUAAUAACUUUGGAAAUAAGUGAUGUACAUAUUCAUUAAUAUUGCACAACACUAUUUCUUAGACAUAUUCAGACUUGAAUCAUACAGAGUACUACAGUCCUGUUUCAUUAACAAUGACGUUAUAAUAUUACUGAACAUUUUCUGGCACAAAAUGCUACUUAUUAUUUUUUUUAUGGUUCAAGAUUCAUUUAUACAGGCAAGCCCAUGCAAAUACUUGAAACAUCAGACUUUUUUUUAUUUAUUUUUCUUACUGCAAAGAUUUUGGUAUGUGUGUUAUUAAAUAGAUGCUGGAAAUACAUAUGGUAAAGUUUAUAUUUCCACUGCAUCAGAUGUUCUAGACAAAAGAAAUAAUCUUUUUACAUGUAUCUUGGUAAUCAGAUUAGUAUAUUUAUACCUCAGUUAAAUUAUGUAUAAAUGAUGAGUAGGAAAUCUUAUACCAAUAAAGGUAGACAUUAGUCAAAUCAGUUAACUCCAUGUUUGUUCAACUUAUACCUGAAGUCAUUUAUUUUAUAAAAUUAAAGUUUGUAUGCGUGGAGGGGGGUCUCAAUAUACUUUUCUUUAUAAAUAUAAUUUCCUAAUUAUUGUUUUUGUAGAUGCUAUUGUAGUUUACUUAUGCUAUUCAUUAAUGACUGUUACAGUGUUGCUAAGAGACCCAGCUUACUUUUACUUAUAAAUAUGCAAAUAAGAUUAAUAUAAAACAUUGAUGCUAAUGAUAUGUUCACAUUAUUUACUUAGCAAAUAGCACAUGAAUGGGCUGUUAACUUAUUUGCUUAUGUAGUGUAUACCUUGAUAAUUUAUUAUCCAAAAACAUAUGUCAAAGUUUUAGAAUGCAAUAAUUUCAGAGUUUGAGGCAAAAUAAAGACUUACAAAGAUUAAAAAUCUUAACAUUCUUGCAUUAGCCUGAGCAUUUGUGGUAAAAAUUUAAUUCUGAGUAUAUUCUGCUUUAUUAAUAACACUGGCUUCUUUAUUAUUAUUAUUAUUGACUGAGUGGCCCUAAUAAAAAUUCAUGAAUUCAUAUAGGUAAAAUAUACAUAUGCACAGUUAUACUAAACUAAUAAAGCCCAAACAGUCAUGCUAGGAGCAGUAGAGUUUAAAGUAUACUAUUUUGUGUCUAAAUUUCCUAAAUCAAUAAAAAUGUAUUUUCCCAGUAACUUAGAUUUUUGGCCACUUUGCAUACAUGAUAAAGAUUUAUUGGAGCCACCACCAUCAAUGAGUAAAGCCACUUUCAAUAAAAAAUAAAUAAAAUAUGUUUUUUAUAGGGAUCACAUAUACCUGUUUACUAUAUACACCUUACUUAAAUGCAAAUUUAGAUGGAUACAUUUAAUCACAAAUCUUUCUGGUCACUAGUUUACUUAAAGACAUAUAAUCCCUUAUGAACAUUUUGGAAAUUUAUAAUUGAAGGUCUCCCAUGACUGUAUUACAUUCAAAAAGAACAAAUUCUUUGUUAUAUACUUUUUCCAAACUGUUACCCUUUUUGAAGGAUAACAUCUUAGAAUUAUACACAAAUGACCAUUUACAUAUCACAAAUUAAAACGGAUGUCUCCAGGCACUAGUACUGCAUGUUGGAAAAGAUGUAGUUAGGUAGGGGCAUAUGGUUUACACCUCACAACCAUUAACAAAAUGUGUGCUUAGAAAAGAAGUGUUUUUUUUUUCCUUGAAAAAUACAAAUACUUCAAACCUACCCAUACAAGAUACAAAGCUUUGUUCAUAUAAAAAAAAAUCAUAUAAUAUGGAAAUUAACUGUUUACAAUUGGAAUCUGCUACCAGUACACCUAAUGUAUGUUUUUUGGCUUAAGAAUGAAUGUUAUUAGAACAUUUUUCAUGAUGCCAUGUGUAUGCAGAUUGUUCCUGGUUUAAGAUACAAAUCUGUAAACAUAAUAAUUUCUCAAUUUCUUUUUAUAUAUUAUCACGAGUUAAACUGCAUAUUGAAGUAUUAGCCAUUUUUCCCUAAUUUGUAUUUCCUCUUUUUUAAAUUUGUGUAUGUUAUGAUAAUUUUAACAAUAUUUUAAAUUGUAUUUUUGUUAACGCAUUUUACUGUUCUAGAAUUCAGAAGUUAUGAUACAUGUGUACAACUAAUGACAAUAAACAGUUGAGUAAAUUAUA